CCUCUCUCAUCGCUGAAGGCGAGGCUCCGCCUCUCUAACUAUUUAACCAAAGAUUUGGGGGUUUUCACUUUUCAUCCGGAAAAAAAAUUGAAUCCGGAAAUCUAGGUUUUUUCAAUUUCUAGAUAUGGAGAGAAGCGAAUCGGAUCGGAUUAAGGGGCCGUGGAGCCCGGAGGAGGACGAGCUGCUGCAGAAGCUGGUGGAGAAGCACGGCCCGAGGAACUGGUCACUGAUCAGCAAAUCAAUCCCCGGUAGAUCGGGGAAAUCGUGCCGGCUGCGGUGGUGCAAUCAGCUCUCGCCGCAGGUGGAGCACCGCUCCUUCACUGCGGAGGAGGACGAGACUAUUAUUCGCGCUCACGCGCGUUUCGGCAACAAGUGGGCGACCAUAGCGCGGCUCCUCUCCGGCCGCACCGACAACGCGAUCAAAAAUCAUUGGAACUCGACUCUGAAGCGCAAGUGCGUGUCGAUGUCGGAGGAAUUCAACGACUUCGAUCCAGAGGCGCGCCAGCCGCUGAAGCGAUCGUCAAGCGUCGGGCCGGGAACGAACGUUUCCGUUUCCGGCUUCUGUUUCAACCCGGGUAGUCCCGACGGGUCGGAUAUGAGCGAUUCGAGCCAUUCGGGUCAUCUCGUGUACAGGCCUAUUGCUCGAACGGGCGGGAUCUCCCCACCCGAUCCGCAACCUGACCCGGUCACUUCCCUUAGUCUUUCCCUACCCGGACUCGACCCGAGCCCGAACCAAUCUGUUUUGGAGCUUGAACCGCAAAUUGCAGCGGAUCGUUCUGUUAAAUCCGUUCCUGUUCUUCCGCAGCACUCAAUUCAAAUGUUUGCUUCCCAUCCUCCGCCUCCUCCACCGCCGCCGCCGUUGCCACCGGCGAUUAACCAAAUUCGCCAGUUUGCGCCUGCGGCGGAUAAGCAGUUUUUCAGCCCGGAGUUUCUGGCGGUGAUGCAGGAUAUGGUGAGGAAAGAGGUCCAGAAUUACAUGGCGGGAAUGGAUCAGAAGGGCUUCUGCAUUCAGAGCGAGGCUAUUAGGAAUGCGGUGGUGAAGAGGAUGGGUAUCAGCAAGAUUGACUGAGUGAGAAUCAAUGAGGGGAAAAAGGAUUAAAAUUUCGGAUCUUUUAGUUUAAUGUCAAAUUAGAUUGAUUUCAAUCUUUGGUUAGAGAGAAGAGGGAAAAAUAACUUUGGGGUUGUACAGAUGAGAAAGGGGAGGUGGUGGAAAUGGUAAGCAAGAAAUGUCCUGAAAUUAAGAAGUGAUUUUGAUGAUGAUGAUGAUGAUGAUGAUGAAUUGGGGAAACUAAGUUCUAGCUUGGUUUAAUUAAAUGUUCAUAUUUUAUCCCGCUGUUGUAAUAACAUCAGUUAUCGGUUUUCUGUUUUAAGAUUUUCUAACUCUAAUCAAGGUUUUAAUUGAACGCAAA